AUGAAAAUUACCUUUAGAUUUGUCACUUGUCACGUUUUGACACUUUGCAGUUACAUCAAAUUGUGUAAGACAAUUCAAAUUAUAUGUGAGCAUUUUAGUGAAAUUCGUGUUGCCCCAAAGUUUCCAACUUGUGUAACUAACAACCUCAAAAUUUAG